UCAGAGUUUCAUUCGCGAACGGAAGGGUUCUUGUUUCGUCAUCCGUAUUCAGGAUGCCACAUGUUGACCGAGCAGGUGACUCGAAUCAGGUUCAAGAAUUUUUUCAAUCAUCGCAGCGCUAAGUAUUAGUUUUUAUAUCUUUUGCUUUCGACUGUUAUGAAAAUUGCAAAGUUUUAAAGUAGAGAAUUCGUAAGUUUAUGGAUUUUUGAUCCUCCUUCCCGAUAAUGGCCGAUUCUUGUUAGUUAUUUAAAUUACCGUCCGUUCUCUACCUUAAAUGAUUUUAUAUAAUUAUUUCUGUUAUAUCGAUACAAGUUUUGAAAAUUGUCUUCCAAAGUUAUACAGCCAUCAGUAAAUUUGUAAAUGUUUAACAAUUUUGCGAAUCGCAGUUUUCAAAAUAACGCGUAUCGCUGAUCCCCGCUGGAUGGCGUGCUAUUCGUAUGGCUGUCCGUUUCUAUGCCUAGUUGAAAUUAAUCUAUUUAUCCGUCGAGUGUCAACACAAAUCCGGUGUGGUUCAUCAAAUAUUUUUCCCAGUAUACGUUUUAGUUAACCAUCGGAUCUUUGCGGUCUUUCGUUUGUCUUUUGUUUUUGUUUAGGUUUUUUGUUUUCUUGAAUUUUCGGGAGCUUUGCGGCAAUGUUAACAAGCGGUUUCAUUUUCGUUCAGCAUCUGCACGGAUUCUUGACUUUGUCCCCCCCUCCAAAAAAAACGAAGAAAUUUUUUUUUCUUAAGGAACAUAAAAAUUCAAGAAAUAUUUUCCAUUUUCUUACUGGAAGAUGAACGAGCGGCUGGUGUCAAAUAUCAACUUUGGCUUUCUUACUUAACGAUUUCAGCUACCACUACGCAUCACCAUCAUCUCUCCAAUAACGAUCCGGUGCGUAUUUGGAGCUAGAAAGCGCUCUCCAUUUUUUAACUAAGAGAGAUCAUAUGAUACAAUUAUUGGAGGAUAUCUGAAGAAAGGAGAGAACUUUUAAAGAAUAUCACAUAAUGACGUAAUGUGUAUGCUAGUCGCAUUACGGCUUUUCUUCUCUCUUUUCCUUAUGGUGUACGAGGGAGAUCAUCAAUAUUUGCGUCCAGAGUGUCAACAUGUUUCGCCCUCCCCUUGCUAUCAUUAUACCCAACUGAGAGAAUAGCGUUGACCAAAUUUCGACUUGACUGCACUCGGCAAUAUUUCUUCAAAUGUCACAUGAUUGAAAAGGAACGUUUUCAAUUGAAUAACAUCACGUUUGAUGUUGAACUUGGGGGAUAUUUGACCACGUAUUGGGUUUCUAACAUCAUCGAUCAAGCACAACUCACAUGACUGUUUUUGACCGUCAAGAAAAAUAAGAGGCGUAGGGUUCAUUCGGGGCCAUCUUUGGUAUGUUAAUUGGACACUAGAAUUGUGUGUGUGUGUGUAGUCAACGUGCAACAUGAGGACCUUCUUUUUUUGCUUAUAAAAAGAUGCUCUUGCACUCGGCUGCUUAAAGUGGUCAUAACUUUUGUUCUUUCUUUUAACACUCGUAUAUAUUUAUACUUGUCUUUUCGAUAUAUUUCCAAGUUUAAAAAGAAGAAAAUCUCUUAGUGUGUGGGGAACGCAUCAUACGCUGUUGGCAUGUGACUUGUCUGUACACCGGCAAAGUAUUAAAACAAGAAAAAAAAAAGUCAUCCAUUAUCUCAGUGCUGGCGUGUAACGAGACACUCUGCUGCUGCUCCAGCUCCUGCAGCCUCAUCUCUCGUCGUCUCCAAACCGGCUCAUAUAUACAACAGUGUGUGUGUGUGUGUGUGUACAGAAUAAUAUACACACAACCCGGCGCGAUCGGCUCUGCCUUCUUAUACAUCCUUUAAAAAAAAAAUGUAUUAAUAGCUUGUCUACUAUAGGAAAACUCCAGCUUUUUGAUGUUUUUCCUUUUAAAAAAUCAUGAAAACGUUCAUGUUAAAAAGGAAAAUAAAUUGUCACUUUAUGUACUGUGUAUGUCGCCAGACACGCGGUAUUCGGCUAUUGCACGCAGGACAACCGGUUCUAUUUAUAUACCAUGGAACAUGUACGCAGUUAGUGGGCCCAAUUUUUCGUGAAAAGGCACGGAUCUAUUAUCUCAAGUAUUCAGAUGCAUCCAUAAUCUACAUGUAUGCAAAUCAGCAGAAAUAUCCAGCCGAAAUGAUAUUGACCGUAAAUUUAUACUUGAAGAAAUGGAGACCGGCUCAUUUUCCAGCCAAUAGGAUGAAGCUUUUAGCUUCGGAGGGGCAGUGUUCCAGUACUAUCCUCACACGACUAAUACUUCUAGGGGAGAACAAAAAUGUUUCCCGAAAUCAUCAGCCACUCUACGGAAGAUCCUACACAUUUCGGUGUUUGUUUUGACGGUUUAGCAGAAACAUCGUCACAACCGGUGAAAUUACCUCCGUUGAAUCUCUACUGGCCACCUCAAGAGCAGAUGAUAGUUAACCGUCCGAUCGAAGACCCUCUGUGCAGCAUGUUGGACGACGUCUUCAUGGACAAUUAUUGCGCCGAUUUGGGUCCUUCGCAGUUUAUCGAUCAGGAAUUGAAAGAAGAAAAUUUGAUGGUUGAUUUAACAAGUCCACUUCACGAUCAUCACGACUCUAACGGAUUCUAUUCCGCUGGAUUCGGCAGUAGUUAUAGCGGAAGCGAUUGGAUCAUCAAUUCACCGACCACAUCGAGCGUGAGCACGUGCGGAGAUGCCGACAGUAUGACGCAAUCGCCGUUCAUGACGUCACCUUCACAAUAUCAUCAAACUUUUCAAUUCCCUCCCGUUCACGCGACGGACAAUGAAGACUGGCCCGGGCAAAUGGCUGCCGAUGAAGAAGAAGAAGAAGAAGAAAAUGUUAACGACGAAAUCACGGUGCUUCAUUGUCGUUGGGUCGACUGUAAAGGUUGUUAUCAAACGCAAGAAGAACUCGUCCAGCACAUUGAACGGAGUCACGUCGAUCAGCGUAGGGCCGAAGAUUUCACUUGUUUCUGGGCCGGUUGUCCUCGUCGUCAUCGUCCGUUCAACGCUCGUUACAAGCUGUUGAUUCACAUGCGCGUUCAUUCUGGAGAGAAACCUAAUCGCUGCACGUAUAAUGGAUGUCUAAAGGCUUUCUCGAGAUUAGAGAAUUUAAAAAUUCAUCUAAGGUCACACACGGGUGAGAAACCUUACCUGUGUCAAUAUCCGACAUGUCGCAAAACUUUUUCUAAUAGCUCCGAUCGCGCCAAACAUCAACGCACUCACAUCGACACGAAGCCGUACGCUUGCCAAAUGCCGGGCUGUUUGAAACGCUACACGGAUCCGAGCUCGUUGCGUAAGCACGUCAAGAAUCACGUGGCCAAGCAAUUGGACCAUACCGUCAGCCAGCCGCGUAACAUAAGCAACGCUAACGGCGGCCAAGAUGCCGACAAGCCAUCCCGUCGUGAUUCCCGUCACGGAUCGACUUCAUCUUCCAUCAGCGGCUACGAAGAGUCUCCCAUCGAUUGGGAACAUGGCGUUUUUGCAUCAUCAGCUCGCAAUGAAAGCCAUUAUUACGCCGGAGAUGAAGCGUUGAGCUCUUCGGCCAGUUCGGAUGAAUCUUCAGCCCAAUUGCUGGAUGAAGGAAGCCUCCUCUUUUCCGAAAUGAACCGCUUCGUUCAUGAUGAAAAUGGUGUUUGGCUGUUCCCUACCAUUGGAGACGAUGUGGAACGCCUGUGUGGUCUACCAUCGUCCUGCUUUGUUUAGACAACUGCCCGGCUCUUUCUUCACUUGGUUGCCUUGUGUUUAUACGAUGAUGCUCGGGCUUGGAAACUUUGUUUUUUUUUUUUCUUCUUGUCGGUCUUUAUUUCCAUCGCAAUAUGUGGGUCUUUCAUUAUCUGAUUUCCAUUCGUAUUCAAAAUGACCACAGCGCGCCUGCUAAUGGUACAAUUUGAAUAUCUCGACUAAAAGAAUGCGUCUUUCUUGAGAAAAAAAAAAAAAAUCAGCUGCAAUAUGAUCUUGUUUUGUACAGUGUGUGCAAUGAUGAACGGAAUCUUUAUUUUGUUCUUUUUUUUUCAAUUUGAAAAAAAAAAAUUUACAUUAACUUGACCAGAUCUCAAUCGAGUCUUUCGCGUUGCGGCGACAAGCCUCGCGUUCGUCGAGCUACUCCAGUGAUUCUCGUAUCAUGUUUGCAAAUCGUUUUGUUAACUGUUUUAGCGCCAAAGUCGAACCCGAUCCUUCUCUUUUUUGCGAUAUGUAAUUGCCAUUUUUCAACAAAAAAACAAAAAACAAAAACAAAAAAAAAAGAUGUAUUUGCAUUUGUACGUUUUGUGUAUUGAUGGGUGUGCCACCAAUACGUAAAAACGUGCCAAAUCACACUGGUAGGUCCAUUCCUAUCUGAAAAAUUGUGUGACAUUCGCGGCCUUACUUGUGUCUUUCAUUACAACUCAGCAACGCUCUCUACCAAUCGAUGAUACGUUCUCGAUUUUGGGGCCUUAAAUAAAUUCAUUUAGUAUUACAACUACAUAUUUUCCCUGGAUUUUUAAGUACUAUGAGAUGUUGCUCAAAUGGUGCUUUCACUCGCGAUUUUCUACCGUUAUUGUUUCUUAUAUGUGCCCCUGUGUUGUGUGUCUGGUGUCCGCAAUACAAGUUCCGGUUCAUUUUUCUAAA